CAGCGAUGUGCGACAAGGAGUUCAUGUGGGCCCUGAAAAACGGAGACUUGGACGAGGUGAAAGACUACGUGGCCAAGGGAGAAGAUGUCAACCGGACACUAGAAGGUGGAAGAAAGCCUCUUCAUUAUGCAGCAGACUGUGGGCAGCUUGAAAUCCUGGAAUUUCUGCUGCUGAAAGGAGCAGAUAUUAAUGCUCCAGAUAAACAUCAUAUUACCCCUCUUCUGUCUGCUGUCUAUGAAGGUCAUGUCUCCUGUGUGAAAUUGCUUCUGUCAAAGGGUGCUGAUAAGACCGUGAAAGGUCCAGAUGGACUAACUGCCUUUGAAGCCACUGACAACCAGGCAAUCAAAGCUCUUCUUCAGUGAUGGACGGAUGGGCUGACAGCU